AUGAUGUCCUCUCGGAAGAGCGUGGUGGCACACCCUCCACCACCUUGCGUGGAGGAGGAGCCCACCUCGCUGGCCCGAGAACUACACGGGCUCACCAAGCUUGGCGAAAAGCCAGGCUUCGAGGGUAUUCGCGUGAGGGGUGCUAUUGACCAGUACCCAAUCAUUAUGAACAUUGCAUCUCAUGGCACCUCUCCUCCACCCGACGCCUCCAGCAUGCCUGGACUGGGGCAUGUUUCCUCGGAUGACAGCAGUGGACCAGUGACUCCUCCACCUCCCAUGGCCCAGGAGCCCGCGAUCCGUACAAGCUCCAGAUCGACGUCUCAUGACCGCUUUCGACGUGUUUCAUUAUCUGCUUCGUCUGCCUCGAGCCGGUCUCGGGGUCAACCGUCCCAUAUACAUCAUCAGUCUAGCCGUGAGCUGAAUCCUGAGCGCCACAGUCGUACACUGCCACAGCAGCGGGAUAUCGUUUCUACCAGGAAUGAGGUUCCGACUUCAACGACUUCAUCUAGCUCCAGCAAAUCCCGGGGUCGGCCACUGCCACCAAUUCCACAGCAAAUCGGCCCUGAGGUGAAUGUUCCUCGUCCUCCACCAUACUCACGAGAUGGCAACGCUAUCAAGCACGAGGCUCCUGUUCAUACUAUUCCUUACGGUUCACGAGGAGUCCGUCCUGAACGACCGCGUUCUCCGUCUCUUGGUCCCGUUCACAACAGAAUCCCGCUAAGCCAGCCAUCGCCGCCCAUCGGCCAGUCGAACAGCGUGCGAUCUGGAAGCUCUGGAGACCCCAGGACCCCAACCCAGGAUCACCGACGCCGCGAAUCACCCCCAGGAUACAUGUCGGAUUCAAAUGCGGCGCGCAACAGAGCAUAUUCUCACCACAAUCCUUCGCCUCCAUCGGCUGUUCCGGAUAAGACAACCAAUGAGAAUCUCACUAGCCCUACGCUCGCAGAACGCAUUGAGGAAAAGCUUCGCGUGCGUCAAGAGCAUCGUGAGUCGGGCCUUCUCUCGGAUACAGAAACUCGCUCGAAAAAUAUACCGGCAACUGCAGUAGUCAAUCCUAUCAACACUACCUUGAAGCCUUCCGUUCCUGCUUCGGCGCCCCAAUCACCUUGUCGCGAGCCUCGCACUCCUGGCCAUCUUUCAAAUGAACGGCCUCCGGCCGGACGUCCUAGGGCAGCAACGGUGAGCUCAUCGAGGCCGCCUGCACCCCCGUCUCGCUCAACAUCCAAUGCUCGCGAGCGUCCCAAGUCCAUUUUGAUUAACGGCGGUCAGUCUCAAUCUGGAUCAAACCAACCACCGCGCCCGCCAGGGUCUGUCAAAUUCCAAGAGCCACCCACGGAGAAGGCAAGCUCGUUUCAAGCUCCAAAUCGGCAGGCCAGCACGCCACAGCGUCCAAACCCCACGGGGCUAUGCCUCACCCCAUGCCCCCGUUCAGCUGCCACAGCAGGCCAUACAGACUGGUACACCCUCAAGGGCCUCACACACCUAGACAUCUGUCCAUCCUGCAUGAGCCAAAUCGCGCACUCUCGCUUCCGCGACUUCUUCAUCCCAAGCCUCGCCAAAUCUCCAACCCAAAAAACCCGCUGCGCCUUGGCAAACCCAUGGACGCGUCUGUCCUGGACCCAAAUGAUCAAAAAGAAACACGACAGCCUCGAAAUGCUCUACCAAAUGACCCGGCCUCCACCGGGAACCCGCGCCUGCCCAGGCCGGGUCGUCACCAACCAAACCUGGCACCGCAUCAUCGACCCAGAAACGAACCUCUACCUACCCCGUUUCCACGUCUGUGGGACCUGCGCUCGCAAUGUCCGCGUCCUGAUGCCCGCUCUCCGCGAUACCUUCCAACAUCAUCCGGAACCAAAAGAACGCGCCUGCGACUUCGUCACCUCCAGCCCGCGCUUCGUGCAGUACAUCGAUCUCCUCGACGACGCAGCCUCCCGUGCAGAAGCAGAUCCCUCACGCCGGCCAGACGUCCGCGAGUUCCUACACUACGCCCGCCGAAAGGUCGUCCUCCGCGACUGUCGCCGCGACAGACCCACGCUUGGAACAUGGCACUACAUCCCCUCACUACCAGAGCUAAGCGUCUGCGAAGACUGCUACGACGAAGUAGUUUGGCCGCUAGCCAAAUUGCACCACCCGAUCGCGCGGAUGUUUUCUACUUCUAUGAGGCUGCUACCCGGGGACGGGCCACGGAGUUUUCGGGAGGCAAGUUGCCAGUUGUAUUCUGGACGGAUGAGGGCACGGUUUAGGGAAGCGGUAGCGAAGGAUGAUUUUGCGGGGUUGAAGUCUGCUGCGCUGAGAAGAUUUGAGGCGGAGCAGAGGUUUAAGGAUCGGAGGGAGGAGUUGCUUGUUGCGGAGGGGAAGGGGUACGAUUGUGACGAGGAGAUGAGGAAGGCUGUUGGGGAGUGGAGGAGGUGGGAGUAG